CUUUUCCUUAACAGGACUCUGCCCCUUCCAGAGAGGAGGAGUCAGCCCGUCAACUGUAACAAGAGCUUAUAAACACAUGUGAACUUGGCACUGAGGUGCUGAGCCAAGUGGGAGACAGACUUUCAUAAGGGCUACAGGAACCAAGAGACUGCACCAUGGCAGGGAAGCCCAUUCUUCACUAUUUCAAUGGACGCGGCAGAAUGGAGUGCAUUCGGUGGCUCCUGGCUGCGGCUGGAGUGGAGUUUGAAGAAAAAUUUAUAGAAAAACCAGAAGACUUGGAUAAGUUAAAAAAUGAUGGGAGUUUGAUGUUCCAGCAAGUGCCAAUGGUUGAAAUUGAUGGGAUGAAGCUGGUGCAGACCAGAGCCAUUCUCAACUACAUUGCCACCAAACACAACCUCUACGGGAAAGACAUGAAGGAGAGAGCCCUGAUUGAUAUGUACUCAGAGGGUGUGGCAGAUUUGGGUGAAAUGAUCAUGCAUUUGCCACUGUGCCCACCUGCUGAAAAAGACGCCAAGCUGACCCUAAUCCGAGAAAAGACAACAAACCGUUAUCUCCCUGCAUUUGAAAAUGUGCUGAAGAGCCACGGACAAGACUACCUGGUGGGCAACAAGCUGAGCAGGGCUGACAUCCACCUGGUUGAACUUCUCUACUAUGUGGAAGAGCUGGACCCUAGCCUUUUGGCCAGCUUCCCUCUGCUGAAGGCCCUAAAAGCCAGAGUCAGCAAUCUCCCGGCCGUGAAGAAGUUUCUGCAGCCCGGUAGCCAGAGGAAGCCUCCCACGGACGAGAAAAAAAUAGAAGAAGCCAGGAAGGCUUUCAAGUUUUAAUAAAGCUGGCGGCUGGCGGGGCUGUCUGGGACAAAUUUGAAAUUUUCUAACAAUGAAACAAUAAAGCUCCUGUGAGCAGAUUUACUUCCAAUGUGUUCUUUUUCACUAUGAUCUCCUUCUCGCCUUUAAGGUUUGGAAUUAAAAGACAAAUAAGAACAAGAAACAGAUUAUAUAUUCCCUUAAUAUUUUGCAAGGAUCAUCCUAUAACAUCUGUCACAUAGCCUAUCAAAGAGAAAAGUGUAACACUUUAUAUCUGACAGUCAGGUUUUCUCAGGAAAGAGCUACCUUUCUGGGGUCAUGGCAGAAAGACAUUUUGUUUAAUUCUUUGAGAGAUAAUUUCCAUCUGAUAAUAAAAAUGUCUUUGCUUAUGCA